GGAGGCGGUGGAGGCGGCGCCAUGCCCACGCCCCCGGAGGUUUCUCCGGGGGGCGUGGGCGUGGGGGGCGGGGAGGACCCCACGCCCGUGUCACGCCUCAUCUCCCUCUUCGAGAGAGCCUCGGCCUUCCCAGAUGCCUUCCACUCUCUCAACAGCGUCGUGUCCUCCUACAACCCUGCCUCGUCUCCUGACGCAGAUCACCAGGGUUGUGUUCCUUCAUCAGGAGGCAGCGACGGGGAGGAGGCAUUGGAGGUGAGCUACCAGCAGGCAGAACCUCAACCUCCUGCGCCUCACGACGGAUCCAGAGUCUCGCUACACCCCUUGAUCACUCCCAGGGAGCAGCAACAGCAGCAGCAGCAGCAGCAGCAGCAGCCUCCACCAGCACCCCGCUGCGCCGUCAGCACCUACAGCAGGAGUGAGAGUAACGGUGAAGCUGUAGGAGGCUAUAACACUCCCCCAGACCAGGCAGUGUCUGGGAUACAUCAACAUGUCAUUAAAGCCGAAGCGUCAAUACCUUCAGCGGCGUGUGGGUUCCCUGCUGCGUCUUCUCCAGGAGUUGGCCACACUAUGGCCAUCACCACCUAUGGUUACUCCCCUGGCCCUCACCAGGCCUACCCUGCCAUGGCUACCCCUGCCCUUGUCGCUUACCCGAGUCCCUUAGGGCCACAUCAGGGCCACUACCCGCCCAUGGGGCAGAUGGGCCAUGACGUUGACAUCGAAGUGGACCGGGCUGAGUUCGACCGAUACUUGAGCGGGCCAGAGUGCGGGGUGAGGCAGCAGCAGCUACCCGGAGGCACAUGGGGCAUCAUACCCCACUCAGUGCAGUGCCCUCAGAGACACGAAUACCGUCAGGACCAGUACCGGGAGGUCUCGGGCCAAGCCUACCGGGAAGACCAGUACCGCAUGGAGUACCAGAGCGAUCCACUGGUUCACUACCGGGGAGAGGGACAACUGUACCAGCGAGACGACUACAGACCCCCUGAUAGACCGGUCUACCACCCCGACGACGAGUACCGGGUCGAACGAGGGGGAUACCCGAGGAACCAGUACCGGGGGGAUAGAGUUGAGUACCCAGGGGAGCAAGUAUACCGGGGUGAUGCAGGGCACGAGUACCCAGGAGGAGAGGAAUACCGGGGCUCUGUAGGAGGGACUUUGCUCAGUGCUCUGGCAGAUGUAAGACAAAUGUAUUUACGAAACUUAUUCACUUGUCUCAGUCCUGGGACGAGUCUUGAGUCUUUGGACGAGUCUUGAGUCUUUGGACGAGUCUUGAGUCUUGGGACUAGUCUUGAGUCUUGGGACGAGUCAUAAGUCUUGGGACGAGUCUUGAAUCUUGGGACCAGUCUUGAGUCUUGGGACGAGUCAGGAGUCUUAGGACCAGUCUUGAGUCUUGGGACGAGCCAAAAGUCUUGGGACGAGUCUCGAGUCUUGGGACCAGUCUUAAGUCUUGGGACGAGUCAGGAGUCUUGGGACGAGUCUUGAGUCGUGGGACCAGUCUUGAGUCUUGGGAGAAGUCUUGAGACUUGGGACCAGUCUUGAGUCUUGAGACCAGUCUUGAGUCUUGGGACGAGUCUUAGUCUUGAGACGAGUCUUGAGUCUUGGGAUGAGUCAUGAGUCCUGAGCCGAGUCUUGAAUCUUGGGACGAGUCAUGAGUCUUGGGACGAGUCUUGAGUCUUGGGACGAAUCUUGAGUCAUGGGACCAGUCUUGAGUCUUGGGACGAGUCUUGAGUAUUGGGGACGAGUCUUGAGAACGAGUCUUGAGACAUGGGACGAGUCUUGAGUCUUGGGAGGAGUCUUUAGACAUGGGACGAAUCUUGAGUCUUGGGACCAGUCUUGAGUCUUGAGACGAGUCUUGAGUAUUGGGGACAAGUCUUGAGAACGUGUCUUGAGACAUGGGACGAGUCUUGAGUCUUGGGACGAGUCUUGAGACAUAGGACGAGUCUUGAGUCUUGGGACGAGUCUUGAGUCUUGGGACGAGUCAUGAGUCCUGGGCCGAGUCUUGAAUCUUGGGACGAAUCAUGAGUCUUGGGACGAGUCUUGAGUAUUGGGACGAGUCUUGAGUACUGGGGACAAGUCUUGAGUCUUGAGACGAGUCUUGAGUAUUGGGAACGAGUCUUGAGUCAUGGAACGAGUCUUGAGUAUUGGGGACGAGUCUUGAGUCAUGGGACGAGUCUUGAGUAUUUGGGACGAGUCUUGAGAACGAAUCUUGAGUCAUGGGACGAGUCUUGAGUAUUGGGGACGAGUCUUGAGAACGAGUCUUGAGUCAUGGGACGAGUCUUGAGUCAUGGGACGAGUCUUGAGUCCUGGGGACGAAGUCUUGGGAACGAGCUUUGAGCCUUGGGGACAAAUCUUGAGUCUUGAGACGAGUCUUGAGUCUUUGGGACGAAUCUUGGACGAGUGAUACUUUUCUCCCUGAAGAUCACAGCGCUAAAUCCACAUGAUCAGUAAGAUCACAGCACAAAAGUCAUGUGUUUUGAAGAUCACAGCACUAAAAGAAACAUGCUCUGUAUGAUCACAAAACUAAAUAUCUUUAUUCUUCCAGAUCACAUCACCUCAGAUGUGCUGAAUUAUAAGAUCAUAUCACAUCACCUCAGAUGUGCUGAAUUAUAAGAUCAUAUCACAUCACCUCAGAUGUGCUGAAUUAUAAGAUCACAUCACAUCACCUCAGAUGUGCUGAAUUAUAAGAUCACAUCACCUCAGAUGUGCCGAAUUAUAAGAUCACAUCACAUCACCCCAGAUGUGCUGAAUUAUAAGAUUACAUCACAUCACCUCAGAUGUGCUGAAUUAUAAGAUCACAUCACAUCACCUCAGAUGUGCUGAAUUAUAAGAUCACGUCACCUCAGAUGUGCUGAAUUAUAAGAUUACAUCACAUCACCUCAGAUGUGCUGAAUUAUAAGAUCACAUCACACCACCUCAGAUGUGCUGAAUUGUAAGAUCACAUCACCUCAGAUGUGCUGAAUUAUAAGAUUACAUCACAUCACCUCAGAUGUGCUGAAUUAUAAGAUCACAUCACAUCACCUCAGAUGUGCUGAAUUAUAAGAUCACAUCACAUCACCUUAGAUGUGCUGAAUUAUAAGAUCACAUCACAUCACCUUAGAUGUGCUGAAUUAUAAGAUCACAUCACCUCAGAUGUGCUGAAUUAUAAGAUCACAUCACCUCAGAUGUGCUGAAUUAUAAGGUCAAAUCACCUCAUAUGAGCUGAAUUAUAAGGUCACAUCACCUCAGAUGUGCUGAAUUAUAAGGUCACAUCACCUCAGAUGUGCUGAAUUAUAAGGUCACAUCACCUCAGAUGUGCUGAAUUAUAAGGUCACAUCACCUCAGAUGUGCUGAAUUAUAAGGUCAUAUCACCUCAGAUGUGUUGAAUUAUAAGGUCACAUCACCUCAGAUGUGCUGAAUUAUAAGGUCAAAUCACCUCAUAUGAGCUGAAUUAUAAGGUCACAUCACCUGAGAUGUGCUGAAUUAUAAGGUCAAAUCACCUCAUAUGAGCUGAAUUAUAAGGUCACAUCACCUCAGAUGUGCUGAAUUAUAAGGUCAUAUCACCUCAGAUGUGCUGAAUUAUAAGAUCACAUCACCUCAGAUGUGCUGAAUUAUAAGAUCACAUCACCUCAGAUGUGCUGAAUUAUAAGGUCAUAUCACCUCAGAUGUGCUGAAUUAUAAGGUCACAUCACCUCAGAUGUGCUGAAUUAUAAGGUCACAUCACCUCAGAUGUGCUGAAUUAUAAGAUCACAUCACCUCAGAUGUGCUGAAUUAUAAGGUCACAUCACCUUAGAUGUGCUGAAUUAUAAGAUCACAUCACCUCAGAUGUGCUGAAUUAUAAGAUCACAUCACCUCAGAUGUGCUGAAUUAUAAGGUCACAUCACCUCAGAUGUGCUGAAUUAAGGUCACAUCACCUCAGAUGUGCUGAAUUAUAAGGUCACAUCACCUCAGAUGUGCUGAAUUAUAAGGUCACAUCACAUCAGAUGUGCUGAAUUAUAAGGUCACAUCAGCAAUACUCAUGUAUUCAGUUCCUGAAAUUAUACCGUCACUAGUGUCACAAAUUUUGAAAAAUAUGAAAAUCGCAUUAACGAAUUCUUGUAGAAUUCGCAGUGUCAAAAAUUAUCUGGAAUAUGCAAAAUAUAGGGUGAAUAAAAGGCGAACUAUCAGAAUUCCUUGGAUCAAGAGCUCGUCACUUGAUCAAUAAAAUGAAGAGAUCCAUAUUG